CUCUCUUUUAGUAGACUUGGCCUUGACCUGUUCUUGUACAAUUUGCAUAUUCCACAGGGAAAUCCCAUUACUUAAUUUGGAGUGUCAUUCCCCCCUUUAAAAGGACCAUCGCAAUUCAAAGCCAUUUCACAAACAACAAGAUGUCGAAUCUUGUCCAUUUAGCUCACAAAAUAAAACCCCUCUUCAACUCUUGUUGCUCUAAACUAGCUUCCCUUAGUCACCAUCCAUUCUACAGUUUAUCUAAGCUUGCCAACAAAGUAAAGCCCUUCUUCAACUCUUCAUGUACAAUAUUUUGCUCAUUUUUUUCCUACUUCUGCGCCCGAAUCUCCCGGCUGAAUCCGUUCUGGUUUCAGCUUCAUUACUUUGUCGUCCUUUCCGUGGUCGGUUUCUUGGCUUUGAAAUGUUCAAAGCCAAAAACCGCGCCUGCCUUCAGUCCCAAGGACUUGGAUUUGUUUUUCACCUCUGUUUCUGCCACCACAGUUUCAAGCAUGGCAACCAUUGAAAUGGAGGUUUUUUCCAAUACCCAACUUGUUAUUUUGACCUUUUUGAUGUUUGUUGGUGGUGAAGUCUUCACUUCCUUUCUUGGCCUUCUGUUUAAGGCCAGCAAAAGUAAUACUGGUGAAGAAAAUAGAGUGGUGUCAGCUAAUCCUGAUUCUGAAAAUUCCCAUACUCAAAUUGAGUUGGGUUUGUUUUUAAACAAUCCACAGAUUUUGGAUGAAAACCCAAAUACCAGCUUAGAAUCUGGGAUCAAAUCCUUUGGCAAUGUGUACUUGAAGCACAAUUCCAUCAGGUUUUUGGGCCAUGUGGUCCUCUGUUAUCUCCUAAUAUUUCACUUAGGUGGUUCCACUUUGAUUUCUCUAUACAUCCUCCUUGUUCCAAGUGCUAGACAAGUACUGAAGCAAAAAGGCCUUCAAGUACAAAUAUUCUCUGUCUUCACAACCGUCGCGACGUUCACCAACUGUGGUUUCAUCCCAACAAAUGAAAACAUGGCCGUCUUCAACAAGAAUUCAGGCCUCCUCCUGCUUCUCAUCCCUCUGCUCUUGUUUGGAAACACCUUAUACGGGCUGUGCCUGAGGCUCGUGAUAUGGGUCUUAGAGAUGGUGACAAAGAGAGAGGAGUUUGGUUACCUUUUGAAGAACUAUGGGGAGCUGGGAUAUGACCACUUGUUAUCAAGCAUGAAUUGUUUGUGCUUGGCAGCCACUGUUUUUGGGUUCAUUUUGGUUCAGUUUGUGCUGUUUUGCUCCCUGGAGUGGAAUUCAGAGGCAUUGAGUGGUCUGAAUUCUUAUCAGAAACUGGUGGGAUCUCUGUUUCAAGUUGUGAACUCAAGGCAUGCAGGUGAAAUUGUUGUGAAUCUCUCUCUCCUCUCUCCUGCAAUCCUGGUGGUGUUCAUUGUCAUGAUGUAUCUUCCACCUCGUACUUCAUUCUUCCCAACUCGCGAGGAAAAGAGCACAAAGACAAACAACAAGAAGUUUGUGGACUACUUGUUGUUUUCGAAGCUCUCUUAUUUAGCCAUCUUCAUCACUCUUAUCUGCAUCACCGAGAGAGACAAAUUGAAGGAAGACCCUCUCAACUUCAAUGUUUUAAACAUCACCCUGGAAACAAUAAGUGCAUACGGAAAUGUGGGAUUCUCAACCGGAUAUAGUUGUAAACGGCGGGUGAAGUACGAUAGCUAUUGUGAAGAUAAAUGGUUUGGACUUGUUGGAAGGUGGAGUGACAAGGGAAAACUUGUACUCAUUGUUGUCAUGUUCUUUGGAAGGCUUAAGAACUUCGGCAACGAAGGUGGUAGAGCUUGGAAACUAUCUUGACAUAAGUAGAAGAAUCAAUUAAUGUCCUCGGUGAGGCUUGAGGCUCGUGUCUCAAUUUUGUUCGUUUUGGGGUCUCAAAAUUCUUGGGCACGGUCUCUAAUAAAUUUUUUCAAUCUCUUUCUUUCUCUCCACUCAUUACUCUAAAAAAAAACCCUCCUUCAAAACCCAAACCGAACAUGACAAAACUUCUUUUUGAUGUAAUUCGUCUAGCAUCUGUCAUUUGCGUAGUGGGUAUGUAUUGGAUUAUUAUCUUUGUAUUGUAUUCUUUCGAAGUGCCGUUAGCUCUUUCGAAGAGAAUCAUUGCCUUUAGAUAAAAAAAUUGAUGCCGCUCAGAAUCAACGGCCAUGUACAUGCACGUCCUAAUUACAAGAACAAAAUUGUAAAGAUUUUUGU